AAGAAAUCCAAUAAUUGAACCUCAUUCACAAAAAUUUGGACCUUUCAAAUUACUCUGAAAUUUUUUCAAGAACAGGCUUUCUACAGCAAUAUUUUGAGUCCUUGAUCCUAACGAUUGAACAAAGUAAAUAAGUGAUUAAUCAUGAUUUGCUUUGAGAUAGGCAAAUGCUGAAGCAUAAUAUUAUUUCUUAUAUUAUUAUUAUUAUUAUUCAAGUAAUAAAAUUAUAAAUUAAAUAAUUUUUACUCAAAAUUUGAUGGUUUUUUUAAUUAAAAAAAUGAAUCUAGGAGACUAGGACUAACCUUUUUUUUUUAAUAAAAAAUAUAUAGAUAUAUAUAAUCCUGGUUAAUUUUCCUUUAAAAAAAAAUAAAUAAAUAAAAAAAACCAUAAGCAUACUUCGUUAUAGCACCUGUUCUCCCCACCCCUUCAGUGUUUUCCCGCCAUUCAAUGUCGGCGCUCUGUGAAGCUUCUUCGAGAUUUUCCGGGCAUUCGCUGUCGGCGAUUCGCCACGCCUGCAAGGUGGUCUUUUCGCCAUUUUCAACCUUGCAAAGGAACAACUGCUGCAGCGAGAGUUCAACAGUUAGAAAUUUUGAUAUCUGCUUGUCCGGGAGCAAAAGUUUUGCUCGAUUAGAACCAUCUUCUGAUCGUGCAAGAAACUGUGAAAUCUGGAAUGGAGCAGAGAAAAAGUUUGAACGGGUCAGCCAAGUUAGAGCAAUGAGGCCUGGGAUGGUUCUAUUGAAACAUUAUAUCACCUACGAUGAGCAGGUUGGAAUCAUAAGGAGUUGUCAGAAGCUUGGUCUUGGCCCUGGUGGAUUUUAUCAACUGGGAAAUCAUGGUCACUACAUCAUGGCUCUUGGCUUGACUUGGGAUCCUAAAAGACGAAUGUAUGAACUGUGGCGAACGGUUGAUGGUACUAAGACACAUGAUAUUCCUGAGGAUUACAGUUUAUUGGUUAAAAGAUCAAUCCAAGAUGCUCAUGCUCAUCUUAAGAAGGAUCUAAAAGGAACCAAUCUGGAAGUGGAAGACGUACUUCCUUCAAUGUCUCCAACUGUAUGCAUCGUCAACUUUUACACUACGCUUGCAACACUCGCUCUUCAUCAGAAUUCAUCUCUGUGGAUGUGCACAAGGUAAAGAAAGUUAUAUUGGAAUCAGGGGAUGCGUUGAUGUUCGGUGGUAAAUCAAGACAUAUACAUCAUGGUGUAAGUUCCAUAAUACCAAAUUCUGCUCCUAAACAAUUUUUAGAAGAAUCUAGGCUUCGUCCAGGUCGUCUCAACUUAACCUUCAGGGAAUUUCAGAAACUCUUCAACGUUUAGGACUUUUUAAAAAUCUUUUUUGUUUUUUUUUUUUUUGUUUCCAGGGCUUUUAGUUUGUUUGUGAUUACACUUGCCUAAUAUGUUGAUGCUAAUUUUCUACAUUAGCAUGGGGCAGAGAGCAAUUAUAUGCUCUUUGCAGAUGGAAGAAAAAACAAAAGGAUAGAUUUUUUUAUUGCACUUGAUUAAGUGAGGUUUAUCCAUAAAUAGUUGAUUUCCAUUUGAUUA